ACUAAAAUAUUCUUAAGCAAACGAAAAUAUUAUUUUAAAAUUUCAAUAUGCGAACUAUAUGUGUACUACAUGAUGAAUUAUAUAAUGAAUUUAUCACAUAUAAUAUCUUAUAGCUGCUUAAUGCAAUAAUACGAUUAAACGAUUUUUGCGAAUUGUUUAUAUCCAUUAUGCUAUUUUGGGGUCAUUUUAUAUAUAUGUUUAUGGCAAACUAUUGUGGACAAACAGUUAUCAAUCAUAGUACAGAAAUAUUACAAGCAGUAUAUGAUACGUUAUGGUAUCUAGCUCCGUUAUCGAUUCAAAAGUUGUUAUUGAUUCUACUAAAGUCUACGAAAUCUUAUUCAUUCAACAUUGGUGGUAUUUUUACUCCAUCACUUGAAGGAUUUUCUACGCUUAUUACUUCGGCAAUAUCAUAUUUUACAGUAAUGUAUACUAUGUAAUAAUGAUGAGAAAAUGGUAAAAAGUUAGUCAUUCAAGUAGAAACAAAUAUUUAAUUAAUUAUCAAGUAGAAACAAAUAUUUAUUUAAAUAAUUAAAAU